UUUCUUUAAUUUUUGUUUGGUGGUUGCAAAGAGGGGAAAAUUCUCCAACUCCAAUUCACCCCCCUUCUUGGAGUGCAUUGAGUCAACAAUUGGUAUCAAAGCAAGGGCUCCAAUUUGAAGGUUUAACCACCUCGGAGUUGAUCGGGAAUGGCUCAAUUUCUAUCUUCUCAACCACUUGAAGGUUUGUCUACCACUAAGCCUCCUUUCUUUGAUGGUAUUAAUUAUAAUUAUUGGAAGAAUAGGAUGAAGGUCUUCAUGCUUGCAAAUGUGCCCAAGGCAUGGGUUGUGACUAUGAAAGGUUCAUAUGUACCCAUGAAAAUUGUUGGAGAAAGGGAGGUGCCAAAGGAAGAGAUAGAUUGGAAUGAUGAAGACUUGGAGAAGAUCAUGAUCAACAACAAAGCAAUCAACAUGCUUCAAUGUGCUCUCAAUCCAACGGAAUUCCAAAGAGUUUCCGGGUGUGAUACGGCUAAGGAGAUGUGGGACAUGCUAGAAGUCACUCAUGAAGGAACAAGCCAAGUAAAGGAGUCAAAAAUCAAUAGACUCACUUACAUGUAUGAGCUUUUCAAGAUGAAAUCGGAGGAGAGCAUUCAAGAUAUGUAUACAAGAUUGAAUGACAUAGUCACCAAUCUCAAGACUCUUGGUAAAGUCUAUCCUCCUCAAGAAGUGGUGAGAAAGGUUCUUAGAAACUUGCCUCAAGAAGUGGUGAGAAAGGUUCUUAGAAGCUUGCCUAAGAGUUGGGAAGCCAAGAAGAUGGCAAUUGAAGAAUCUAAGGAUCUCAACACUCUCAAGCUUGAAGAUCUCAUUGGUAAAUUGAUGACAUAUGAGAUAGAAGUGCAAGGUGAUGGUGGAGUUGAAAUAGUUGAGAAGAAGAAAAAGGAUGUUGCAUUCAAAGUUAGCAACCAAAAGGAAAAGAGUGAAGAUGAUGCUAGUGAUGGUGAAAACUUCUCCUCCUUAAUCUCUAGAGAAGUCAGGAGAUUUAUGAAGAAGAACAUCAAGAGCAAGCUUGCAAGAAGAGAUGAAGGAGAAUUUACCAAAAAGAGUGUGAAAUGUUAUGAGUGCAACAAGAUGGGGCACUAUAGAAAUGAAUGCCCCAAAUUGAAGAAAGGUGAGAAGAAAGACAAGAAGAGUAUGAAGAAGAAAGCAUUUGCCGCCACUUGGAGCGAUGAUGAAACUAGCUCAACGGAAAGUGAAAGCUCCUUGGAGAAAGGUGUUGCAAAUCUUUGCUUCAUGGCUCAAGAGGAUGACAACAAUGACGAGGAGGUGUGCCUUGUGAGCAAAAUGAAGAACAAAUGGUAUCUAGAUAGUGGAUGCUCAAGGCACAUGACGGGUGAUCCUUCACAAUUCUCAUCACUCAUGCCCUUGGAUGGUGGAACCGUGACCUUUGGUGACAAUGGGAAAGGAAUUGUGAAAGGAGUUGGUAAAAUUGGUAACAAAUCUAUUUCUUUUGAUGAUGUUUGGUAUGUGGAUGGAUUGAAGCAUAACUUGCUUAGUAUUAGUCAAUUUGUGAUCGCAUGCUUAAUGUUAUAUUUUUCAAGUCUCAUUGCAAGAUUAUUGAUUCUAGAAAUGAUCAAGUGUUGUUUGUUGGCAAGAGACUUUAAAGUGUGUAUGUGAUUGAUUUGCAUGAUAUUGAUGCUAAUAUUUGUCUUGCCUCUAUAUCUCAUGGUGAUACUUGGUUGUGGCAUAGAAGAUUAGGACAUGCUAGCAUGAGUGUUAUCUCUAAGUUAUUAAAGCAUGAUCUUGUUG